AUUAGCUCCGCCAGCAGGGGUCGCCUCACAGGCCUGCUGCCUCCUCCUCCUCCUCCUCUUCCUCCUGACGCACCGCCUUCAUCAUCCGGACCGGACCGCAGCCUGGAUGCUCCAGCAGUCCGUGUAGCUGAGAACCGGGUCUCCGUCCUCCCAGCCCGGUCCCGGUCCCGGUUCUGAUGGAUGGUUAGCCCACCGCCCUGCCUGCUGCUGCGGACCCGGGGAGCCAUGGAGUCGGUCGGUGCGGGGGGCUCCGCGGGGCUCCGCGGGGCCCCGGGGCCGCAGUGAAGGCGGAGGAACCGCGACCCGCCGCGGGGAACAUGGUGAAACCGUUCACCUGAGCGCCGCACUCUGACCUCCUGACCUCCUCCUCAUUGCCAUGGCGACCACGCUGGAGACGCCGCCGCUUGAGCCGCGCCCCAGCCGGCCGGACACCUGCCUGGACCCCGGGGGCCGCUACUCGGCGGUCCCCUCGGUGGUCUGCUCCAUGUGCUGCCUCUUUGGCAUCAUCUACUGCUUCUUCGGCUACCGCUGCUACAAGGCGGUGAUGUUCCUGACGGGCCUGAUGUUCGGCUCCGUGGUCAUCUUCCUGCUGUGCUACAAGGAGCGCGUCCUGGACACCCAGCUGAGCGUGGAGGCCUCGGUGGGCAUCGGGCUGGGCAUCGGCACGCUGUGCGGCCUGGUCACCAUGCUGGUGCGCAGCGUGGGGCUGUUCAUGGUGGGGCUGCUGCUGGGGCUGCUGGUGGGCGUGGCCACCCUGGUGGGCAUGGCGGAGCUGUCCCAGGCCCCGUCGCGCUCCGUCUGGGUGCCGCUGGGCGUCCUGCUGGGCCUGGGCAUGCUGUUCGCCGUGCUGACGCUGCAGUGGCAGCGCCUCUUCACCACGCUGUCCACCGCCGUGUUCGGCGCCGCCGUCAUCACCGUGGUCCUGGACUACUUCCUGGAGCUGUUUGCGCUGCUGGUGUACGUCUACGAGCGGAUCAAGGUGGAGCCGGGGAAGCCGGUGUGUUGGAUGACCUGGCUGGUGCUGGGGGUGUGGCCGUCCCUCACCCUGCUGGGGGUCAUAGUUCAGUGGAAGGUGACCGCCGAGGGAUACUCUCACACUAAAGUGAUCAUCAGCCGCCAGCAGCGAAGGAUGCAGGUGAUGCGGAUUCGUCAGCGAGACGACCGCUACCGCAAUAAGAAGAAGAAGAAGCAGCAACAUGGCUCCUCCCACCAUCACCAGGCCAAGCAGCUCAACGCCGAGCCCGCCUACCGCCGCAAGCCCAACCCCAUCCGUCGCUACGACACCGACGUCCUGUCGCCGAGUUACAUCCAGAGUUUCCGGGACCGGCAGGUCCAGGCGCAGCCCUUCCCCGGCCGGCUGGUAGGAGGCGCUCACGCUGUGGUGGAGAUGGGCUACGACUGCGGCUCCGCCACCCCCCUCACCGGGGCCGCGGGGCCGCCUCUACGGGCCUGACCUCUGACCCCAGACCUUCACAGGCCUGAUCAGGAGGAACUGACUACAGCCACUACACUCACCACCGGAUUGACAGGCCACCUCCUGGUGUUGACCUCUGACCCUGCAGGCAGAAUCUACUCACCUUUAAACUCUUUACAAAGUCUUGACACAUGAGCUAGGCUAGCUGUGGCUAAUGAGCUAAGCUAGCCGCUGGCUUUGUGACGCUAAUCGCAUGCAGACACUAAACACACACACACCACAGCUCCAACCCUGAAGGAACC